AUGUUACCAAAAGUUCGUCGAUUUCUUAAUAAUAAUAAUAAUUCCUAUGCAACAAAUAAUAGAUUAGCUUUAUCAACAGAACGUUUAAGUAAUACUUCAAGUUCAGAAGAUGAAAAUAAUGUUUAUACACAAACUUUAUUAUAUAUUGUUCAUGUUGAUGAAAUUGAAUUAGGAAAUGAUCAAGUAUAUGAGAAUAAUGAUAAUCAAUUAAUGAGAAGAAUAUCAAAACGAACAACGGCAAGUUUUAAUGAAUCACAAAACGAAAUUCAAACACCAAGAUUACCAAUAGCAACACCACCUUCAAUUAGUUUUUCCAAUCCAUUUCGACAUUUACUGAAAACAACGGAUAAAUCUACACAAAGUCCAGCUACAUCGACACCUAAUCUUAAUGUAACACCAUUAUGUUCUUCGACAGCUAAAAAAUCUUCUCUUUUAAAUCGAACACGUUUUCAUAAUCGAAAUAAUAAUGAAUUAUUUCCUCCUCCACCACCUGAAUUUCUUUAUGAUAAUCCAAUUAUCACUAAAACUAAACAACCAAUUAUACAAGCAAAUGGUCCCGGUUUAAAAGAUGGUUUUGUUGGUGAUCAUUGUCAAUUCGAUUUAAUUGCACCUGAUGCUGAAUUACAAAAACUGAUUAUUGCUAUUGAUGGUCCAUCGAAAGCUGAUAUUCAAAUUCAAGUUCUCAAUACAGAAAUUUAUCGAGUUUAUUAUAAAUGUGAAUUACCUGGUAAUUAUCAUAUAUCAUUGACAUAUGAUGGUGAACAUAUUGAUCGUUCACCUUAUCAUUUAUCAUUACAUGUUCAACCGUCUCAAGAACAAGUUGUUCCACUUCCGAACAUUCCAGUUCGUGCAAGGAUUGAACCUGUAGAAUUUUAUGUUGAUACUCCAUGUAUAGUCAGUGUUCGUCCAGAAACACCAUGUAAUGUUUUUCAAGCUUAUAUUCAAGCACCUCAAGGAAAUAUGAAUCUACCAAUAAUCGUUCAUAAAUCAGCAAAAUCAGAAUGUUAUGAAAUCUAUUUUAUACCAAAUACAUGUGGUAAUCAUUGGCUUAAUGUAAAUCUUAAUCAUAUACCAAUUAUUGAUAAUCCUUAUCGAUUAGUUGUACAAACAAAUUUUUCCACGAAAUCAAAAGUAAAUAGUAAAGAAGAACUAUUUCAUGCAUACGUCGGAGAACUAAGCCAAUUUUUUGUAUCAAAAUCACCAUAUGAUUCAUUAUCAAGAACAGGACAUUUUUCUGUGGGUAUCAAUGGACCAUCAACUGUUUUCCUGGAUGCUACUGAAACUGAUUAUGGUUAUGAAUUUCAUUAUAAACCAAUUCGACCAGGAAAAUAUUUAAUAACGAUGAAAAAUGCUGGAAAACAUAUUCCAGGAAGUCCAUUUCUUUGUCAUGUUUAUGAUAAAAUUAAUGAAAAUCGAUCGACUAAUUGUGAUAAAUUAGUACCUACUCAAUUGAAAUCAAAUAAUAAUAGUACUCUUAUAGAUGUUGAUAUUCUUCGUUCAUCAAUGACGGGCAAAGCUUCACAAAUAUGUGUCUUUGGAACUGGUCUUUACGAAGCUAAGAAACAACGAAAAGCAACAUUUAAAAUUGAUGCUAGUCAAGCAGGUUCUGGUUCACUAUUAGUUGGUCUUUAUUCUCCUCUUGGACCUUGUGAACGUCUUGUUAUUAAACGUAUAAUGCCAUCAUCUCCUGGUUUUAUCUAUAAAGUAUCAUAUCGAGUACGAACACGUGGUCAAUAUAUAUUAACAAUUCUCUAUGGAAUAGAUAAUGAACAUGUACCUGGCAGUCCUUAUCUUGUGAUGGUUGAAUGA